UUAAAUUAUGUCCUCCAGAACCGUGUGGCUCUCGUAUCGUUUCAUCCCUUAAUGGGUCUAUUUUCCCCACCCGAAAGAGAGCAAUUUGGUGAGCAAAAUAAAAAAAAAAAACAACCCCGCCGAACCGAACAGGUUAGGCGUGCCUUAUCGUGCGGGGGUGGCAGGCGGUAGAAGGAAGAAGAAGGUGGUGGAAAUUCGGAUAGAAAAACUGACCGACACCAUCGGGUUCGGGCACAUUGCACACGUGUCCGUCGGACGGAACGGAUCGCGGCAUCCUCCAUAAACACACGGACGCACGCAGGCACACGCACACAAACGCGCAUACAUUGCGCGGCAUGCGUGAUAUCCGGUAUCAUCAAUUUUUGGUUUUUAUUUUUUCGAUCGCCCCAUUUGAACAUUGCGAAUCGGGAAAUUGUUGUACGCGGAGCGGGAAAAACAAAACGCGUGACGGCACCGAACCAAUUGCAUAAGUGAUUGUAGUGGCUGGUGUUAAGUGUGUUAAUUGUGUGUGAAGAGGUUUUAAAAAAGUGAUAUGUGUGAAUCAUGUGUAUUGCUAAAACUGAUAACAAAACUGUAAGAUGUGACGGUGUGUCCUCCCAGAAAGCAGAACAGCAUUUUUUUUAGCAACAUUGUAAAAAGUUUUCCAAGAGUACAAGAAAUAGAAACGGUUCGUUCGUGUGUCGUCCGUAUGCGUGUGUGCACGUGUUUGUGUGCGUAGGGUGGGUUUAAUCUUCAAAUGCUCCAUCGUGUCCACCCCGUCCUUCUGCUACUUCUAUGUGGCUGAUAGCAGCAAAGGUGUGUGUGUUUUAAAUUGUUUCAGUUCAGACUGUUUCGCUGUGUUUCGAGUAAUCAAACAAACGUGUUAAGUGUACCAGGUGUAAUAAACGUAACUCAAGUAAAGAAAAGUGUGUGUUCCCAGGAAGAAAAAAAAACAAAGUGCGGCGAUUGAAGUUGCACAUUUAAGCUGUUUGAGCGCUUGGGAAAAACAAAAACAGGCAAACAAAACCCACUGUUAGACGGUUCGCCGGUAAAGCUAUGAAAUCUGUACACGGUACAGCCCGUACGGACCGUUCGGGGUCCGGGAACGCUUCCGGCGUGGAGUAAUGGACGUCUCGGUGGAAAAGCUGUAGCAACAACUUUCAACCCUUGCAAAGCUGCUGGAAAAUUAGCAACGUAAUAGCGAGUGCUGGUUGGAUGCACCUGUCACAGUAGGAAACAGUGGAAGUAGCAAGCAAGUGACACUCUUCAUCAUCAGCCACGUCUAAAGGGUGCUUGCCGAAUGUGGCCCAUCAAAGCACAUCGAUAGAAGUGCCGUGAAGAAAAGUUCUUUAAAAAGCCCCCGGAAGACGACAUUUCAAGCACACGGUUUUACAUUUACAUAAAUACACACACACACAGACAGAACAAAAAGAAGCGCACACACACACAAACACACACACAAUGUCAAAUUAAAUUCUCCUGGCGUCGAUUAGCGUAACAUGCGUGAAGCUUUUCCAAGUCUUCCAUUUGAUAACAUUACCGAAGAGAAGCUACUACUACUACUACUGCUAGCGGCCCGGCCGAGCCCGACGGCGCAGCACGAACCGCACCACGACGACGUACGGCGGCCGGACGAGCUGACGAUAAUCGGCGAAAAGAUAAUAAUUAAUCGUGAGGGUGAAACAAUUAAGCAAACAUUGGUGGAUAACGAGCACGACCAGCCGACGCUCCAGAAGAAUGCUGUACUUGAUACUGACGACACAGCGCAAAGCCACGCUGGCCAUCUGCCAGCAGCAGUCCUUACGGCAGCAACAGCAGCAGCAACGGCGUCGACGACCGCCACGACGUCACCCUCCGUCAGCUCGACGACCCAUCAACAGCAUCAGCAUCAUCAGCAGCAGCAGCAGCAUCAACAGCAGCACUCGGUGGCGGCAUCGGCCACCGCGGCUGCCGCCACCUUCUCCACCACCGCGACCACCUCGAUCUCGAGCAGCAGCGGUACAGCGGCCCUAGCGGCGGCUCCCGUACCAUUCUCGGGCGAGCUGGAGGAGUUGCAGUACAUACUGCACUUUCCCGAGGAGGUUGCGCUUCGCAUCACCGACAUGGAGUAUCAGCUGUUCUACCAGGUAUCGCCGGUAGAUUUCAUAAACGAGGCCAUCCUCGAGCUGAAGCGGGAACGGUGCGGCGUGGUCGCUGGUGGUGGCCGAGAGGGCGGAAGCAUCCAGUCGCCUUUUAGUAGCUUUAUAUCGUCACUGAAUCCCAUACGCAAACGAUUCGAUGAGACCAGCGCGUGGACCAACUAUAUUGUGCUCUCACAAGGUACACAAGACGAACGAAAAGCGGCCUUUGCAUGUCUGUUGCGUGUUGCUAUUUCAUGCUGGAAUAUCGGAAACUUCAAUGGUGCUAAAGAGAUAGUGGAUGGUCUGAAAUCAAUCAAAAAGGAAGCAUUCUGGACGUCGGCCACGGAUCGUACGGGACGGAAUACGGUGUACGAGUUUCUUACGACCGUGUUCGAUAGCUUCGAGUAUGAUAAUGCGGUUACGCGGGCUCUGGACAUACCCACGUGCCGUAUGAUACCGUACUUCCGGAACCACGUCGAUGAGAUCAAAACCCUGCUACUGACCGUACCACAGUCCAUCGGCCCAACCGGUUCGGACGGUGGUGAGAACCCGGUCGAGAAGUACUUCCUCGGUGAGGUGAAACCGCUUCCACUGCGGGAAGAUGAAGAGUUCAUUGCGAGACUGCUGCCACUGGCGUUACCGAUCGAUUGCCGAGUGCGGACACCGGUUCCCACCGAACCACCGGACAUCCCGUCGGAUGAAUCGACCGAACCGUUGCUACUGUCCGACGACCGCGAUGAGUCGUCCGGUGUGGCGGAAGCAGAUCGUGAGGAGCUGCUCGACCAGAUACAGCUACGGGCGGAACCGGCCGUUAAUCGGCUAACCGCAUUCAUCGACCACCAUGAUCAGCUGUGCCGGGAGUUACCGCACAGCCUACUGGAGUACCUACGGGCGGCGGCCAACAGUCCGCGCCAAACGAAAACCCCACUCUACAUCUACCAGCCCUCGAACCUGCAGGAACAGGAGGAGGACUACGAGGUGGAGAUCGGUAACUAUAAUCCGGUGCAGCCACUAUUUUACGACCACGGGAUCAGCAUCAUACCGCUCUCGUCCCAGAAAACCAAUGCCAUCGAUCAUCACAUACUGCAGAUUCUACACCAUGGUACCACGUGUGUACUCUGGGAACCGGAGACACCGUCGGAUCGGUCGUCCUACGUAUACCUGCGGCUGGAGCGCUCCUGUUCGUUCGUUUCGUGGCAAAGGACGGCCUGGCGGCGUAUUAAAUCCCAACAAGCAGACUUUAGCCUUAACGUCAACCCGGAGGAGAUAGUGGCGUGGAAGUUUGCCAAUCGCUAUGCAUCGAAUGUCGGCGAGCUGGAAGGCCAGUGCCAGAAUCUGGACGAGGGUAUGCUGGAUCUCGGCACGAUAAAGGAAAUCAAUAUGGGCUCGCGGAACCACGAGUACGAUGCGGAGAUACUGGCGGCCGGCAAGCGCUUCGGUCUAACGCAUGUCGAGUGCUGCGUGACGCUGCUGUACGGUAACUCGGCCAGCGAAAACCGGAUACUGUGCAUCCUCUGUCCGCCGAUGCUUUGCCGGGCGUGGUACGUUGGGCUGAAUUGGAUGCUGCGCGGUAUUCGGCGGCAGCAGAUACUGAUCGACCGGUCAAUGCUGUGGCUGAAGGAACUCUACAUCCAGCUGUACUUCGAGGAAGGUGCCUGCAGUGAACCGAGCGUGGCCGAUGCCAUCAAAGCAUUCGGUGGCCGCUGUUACGGGCUAUCGUCCAUCAAGUCGUGGUCCGGUUCACAGAUUAACGAUGCGAGCGAAACCAGUACCGUCGCAAAGAAGGAUUCGUCGACGACCAAAAUACGCAAGAAGCGGUCCGUCGUCAAUUUGCUGAACCAAGCAAACCCCACCGGUAGUGGCGGCGGAAGCGGAGGCGGUGGUAGUGGCAGUGGAGGCGACACAACACCCUCCGAUACGAUGUUGCUGGAUACGCGCGACUACCGGACGCGGUCUAUCGAGCGACGCCGCGAACGGAAUGGCUCGAACGAUCAGCUCUGGCAGAAUGUGAAGCAUCUUCGCAUCGGGUCAGUUACCUACGAUACUCAAUUAGAUUUUUUAAGCUUCGUUUCACUGUAUCGAUCGUUUAGUUUAAUUGCACGGCAGGACCUGCGUGAUAUUUUCGACCAGCUCUCGGUGACCACCAUAUCGAGGACGACGCUGAACGGGGAGAAAAGCCGUAGUGCACCAGAGCUAUCGGAAGCUAUGGUCAAGCGAAAGAUCGGACUUUUGACACGCAAUUGCUCACUGGACAUGGAUCUGACCGAGGCGAAGCACACGCAGAAGAAGUAUUUCGACGCAAUAGCAGCCUCAAGCAUCGCCCACAUUGCUGCUAGCAACGAUUUCCUUUCGUGCAGCAACAAAGUCAUCACGAUAUCGACGCUGAAAAAGUUUCUCGAAACGCGCCAGAUGGAAAUCAAAACCGAUGAGGAUGUGAAAGCCAUUAUACAGCGACACGAACCGGAAGCGGCACAUCGCAUUGAGAACUGUCUCAGCUUUGAGGGAUUCGCCCGGUACAUGAUCGACAAGGACAACUACGCAUUUCUCAGCGAAAUCAUGCCGGAAAGCACCUACAUGAACCUGCCGAUGUCUCACUAUUACAUUGCGUCCUCGCACAAUACGUACCUCACCGGGCAUCAGCUAAAGGGUGAAAGCUCGGUCGAGCUGUACAGUCAGGUGCUGCUAACAGGUGCACGCUGCGUUGAACUUGAUUGCUGGGAUGGUGACGAUGGUACACCGGUCAUCUACCAUGGGCACACGUUCACCACGAAGAUUCCCUUCCGAGCCGUCGUAGAAGCAAUAAAUAAAUCUGCCUUCAUUCAAUCUUCCUACCCCGUGAUACUUUCCAUCGAGAACCACUGCUCGGUGCAGCAACAGCAACGGAUGGCCAACAUAUUUCAGGCAAUCUUCGGUGAGAAGCUGGUGACUAACUUUAUGUUCGAUCAGGACUAUAGCGAUGAACCAUACCUGCCGUCGCCGCUUUCGCUCAAGCACAAGAUACUGAUCAAAAACAAAAAGCUUAUAGUCGAAAUACCGGCAACCUUAUCAACCGGUUUAACACGACAGAACACCUUCAAACAAUCGAAUUUAUCCAGCAGAGCCAGUUCAAUUAUAUCAAACACUAGCGGUAGUUCGCUGAAUGAAGAGUUUAGCGAUGACGAGUAUGAGGAUGAUGACGAUUUUGACAAUAUUGAUGAAAAAACAUAUCAUACAACUUGGGGAUCAAUAGAAGAUAAGUAUAGGCAUAGUGUGUGCCAUUCCAACAUCACGCCGACAAAGUCGAAAGUCCAAGACCAAGACGAACGAUCCCGCAAGCGCAGCAACCAGAUUGCCCGAGAGCUCUCCGACCUGGUGAUUUACGUGCAAGCAAUAAAAUUUCGCGGCCUGAACCCCUACAGUCCGCACAACUCAAUACGUGCCAAUCCGAAGCAGCAGCAGCAGCAGCAGCAACAGCAGCAACAGAGUCAACAAAGCCAGCAGAAUCUGCCCAAUGCUCAGCAAAUAUCCCAACAGCAGCAGAAUGUGCUGAAAACAAGCGGCUCGGUCGUGACGGUUGGAAGCAUACUGAAGAACAGUUCCGGCGACACGCUUAGUUUGCCCUCGUCCAGUCAUCUGUCGGACAGUCUGUCGCUGAGCUACGAUGCGUCCAGCAUCAGUGGAAGCGAAUCGCAUCUGCCACCGCUAUCGAACUCGACUCGGAAUCGAACCCUACCGAACGCCAACCAUCCCUGCUACCAGUGUUCCUCGAUCAACGAGGCUAGUGCGAAAAAGCUCUGCCGGAAAGACCCGCUAGGGCUGAUCGCCCACACAGAAUCGCAGCUGAUGCGUACCUAUCCGGCCGGCCUGCGGAUAGACUCGUCCAACUUUAAUCCGGUGUUUUUCUGGUCGUUCGGCAUACAGAUGGUGGCGCUCAACUACCAGACGGAGGACAUUCCCAUGCACAUCAACAAAGCGAUGUUUGAGGAAAACAAUAGCUGCGGGUACGUGCGCAAACCGGACGUACUGUGGAACCGGUCGCAUCUCAUGUACCGGCGGUACAGUCCGUUGGAGAAGGAGUUCGAUGGUUUGCACGUGACACAGCUCGUGCUGAACAUUGUAUCGGGUCAGUACCUCAACCAGUCCAGCCUAUACUCGAGCACGUUCGUCGAAAUAGAGCUGCUCGGAAUACCGGUGGACUGUGGCAAGCGCAAGACGAAGAUCAUCCGCAAGAACUCGUUCAACCCGCUCUGGAACGAAACGUUCUACUUCAAGAUCAUGUUUCACGAUCUAGCGUUCCUGAAGUUUAGCGUGUACGAUGCCGAAACGGGGCUCGUUAUAGCGCAGCGAGUAAUAUCGCUAAAAUGUAUCCGGCCAGGAUAUCGGCAUGUACGGCUCCGUUCGCCCACCAACCAACCGCUCAACAUGGCCUCGCUGUUCGUUUACACGCGCGUGGAGGAAGAAAGCCUGGACCGAUCGUACGAUGAGAUCGACGAGCAGUACCUGCAGCAGCGGGGUGAGAAAAACCGCGGAGGUCGUGGAAAUAAUAGUGGAGCCGACACUAGCGAUGUGCCCGUACUGUUUGAGGCGAGCCGACUGGACGUCGUCAACAGUCUGGAGAGCAAGGUGCCCCAGCUGAAGCGGAAAAUGUUUUUUCUCACCGUGUACGACGUGGUGCCCGACAAGCCGUACACGAUCCUAAAGAUCACACAGGAAAGCACAACGAAGGACGUGCUGACGCAGGCGAUGCAAAAGAUGAACAAGUCGGCCCAGGACAUGUCCAACUUCAUACUGAUCGAGGAGGUGUACCGAGGUUGGGAGAAGAAAGAUCGCCUGCUCCCACCGAGCCAGCGCGUACUCGAUAUGACGGAGAAACCGCUGCAGGCGCAGGGUCACUGGAAGGGUGAGGGACGCUUCAUUCUGAAGAAGAUCGGCAACGAUCCGAGCAGCCGGGCGUGGGUUACUUCCAUUCGGCGGACGACCGAUCGGCGUGCAUCGCUCGCGGCCACCAUGGCGGGUGCGGCCGGUGGUAUCGGCGCGUCUGGCGGUGCCGGCAGCGGAAAGGAACCGACCGCGGACGAUCUGCUUGCGCUCGAGAACGUGGACAACUUUCUCGUGUGCGUGUACAACGUGUCGCAAGACAUCCCGUACGCGAUAUUGCGCGUACCGAUGAAAUCCACCGCACAGGACGUGCUGGCACAGGCACUGCUGAAGGCGCGCCGACUCGACAACCCCAACAACUUCGUACUGGUGGAGGAGCUCAACUACAGCAACAAGAGUAACGACACGAUGCAGCGCAUCCUGCUGGACGACGAGAAUGUGUACGUGACGCAAGCCAACUGGAAAACGAUCGGACGCUUCGUCAUCCACGAGCGCAGCCAGCUAACGCCAUCGACGAUCCGCAAAACGAUCCUACCGAUCGAGAAGAUCAGCCGCGGAUUCAGCAUCAGUCGCGGAUCUUCGUCCUCCUCUACCUCGGUGCACUCGUUGGCUUCCAAGUCACCGAUACAGGUGGCGCUGAGUGAUCCCACCGCAUCUUCGUCUACGUCCCGGUUUAAAUCGCGUUCGGCCGGUGCGCACGAGUCAGCGUCCGCAUCCGGGUCGGGUGUGGGGACCAAGUCGCGCCACCACGGACACGGUCGGACAAAGUUCAGCUCGGAAAAGGAUACAUCCUUCUCCAGCACCAGCGCCGGCAAUGCCGGGUCCAAGUCAGCCAACAGGCGGGAAGUUCACUCCGAGGGUGAAACGCUCAGUGACGAGGAAACGAAGGAAUCCGACAUCAUGUCCACGAUGUCGCGCUUCAAACGCAUGUCUAUCAAGAAGCUAAAGUCCUGGAAAUCCUAACUCGGUACCCUGCGGGAUAUUUCCGCGAGUGGGGAAAUGCUUGCAGCGAGCUAGCACAACGGCAACUGGCCGAGACAACAGUGAGCAAAAUGAUAGGUAGGGUUAGAGAAGGGAAAACGAAAGCUAAAGGUAGAAGACACAGGCACACAAAAAAAGAAAGAUGCACAAAUGCAACCGUAAAGCUGCCGCUUUACUUUCCCCACAUUGGCAGCAGAGCUGCAUCCGAUUUUUCUAAGCAACAACACUAAUACUAGGUACUCGUUUUAUUGCUAUCAGCUACACAUCUAUUACUACUAUUAUAUCGCGCUUGCGUUUGUAAAAGGCUUCAAGCUUCAAGCGACCAGAAAACGUUCGAGUGCGCGCUUGGUUGAUGCUUCAAACAUUAGGACAUUUGAUAGCACGAAUGCCACCACACCGAUACGCCUCACGCGCCACGAUGAGAUAGAUUAUGUACACUUAUGUCCGUAAAAAAGGGUUGGACCAUCCCCAGUACUGUUUCCUGUGAUUUUGUGCCCAUCUUCACGCUGUUCACGCCCUCCAACCUAGAGAGAAACGUGUUUUAAUCGACGGCAAGACAAUGAGUAGGAGCAAUAUGGAGGGCAUUACACGCAUUAUUAUAGAUAUAAAUCUAGAGCACCCAAUAGGGAGAGAAGUUUUUGGUGGACGUGUUUGAGAGGGCAGGUAGGAAGGAAAGAAGAAAGGAACAGCAUCAUGCAGCAGCUGCAACAAUAAACAGACGUAGCAUAUUCUAAUCAUAUUCUCACUAAAUCUCACACUCCUCGUUAAACUAGCUGAUAUGCAGAAAUUACAACUCGUUUGCGACACUAUGAUAGAUUCAAUGUCCGUGCUAAAAAGGGAAAACUAGACGCACUAGCGCAUCCUUUUUUUCCGUCGUAAUGUGGGAAAACAAGGAAUAAAACAGAAACCCUUUUUGGCGGUUGAGCGUUAACGAUGACGAAGAUAUAUGAUAGUAUUAGCGGUAAUUAAAAUAAUCUUAAACACGCCCUAAGCCCUUGGGAGAAAGAGAAACAAAAGCAACAAAAAAAAAACAAAACCGAGCAAAGCAAACACAUGUUGAUAACACGUUAAUAAAUAUUUAAUAAGCUAGCGAGUUCAAAACAAAGUGGGCAGUCCAGGAAAGGAAGCAAAAAAAAAGGAGGAAAAAACAAAAAACGAUAUCGGUAGGGUACUAGAAUAGAAAGGACAAGCAAAAACGGGCAAGUUAAUAAUAUCAAGCAUCAAGUGCAAAUAAAGGAUGAAAGCAAAGGGUGGCAGAACGAAAUGCACAGAAGGCAGAAACAAACCAUGUGAUAAUAAAAAAAAGAAAGAAAGUUUAAAUUGGAUAUACAUUUUUGAAGUAUCAGAUUGACCUAUUCUUUCAACCAACUAACUAGUAACAUUGAACGAAUAGUAGGAAGAAAAUGUUAUAUUUUGUAUACACCUUCUUACAAAACAAAAACAAAAAAACAACACUGCACACUUUCACACGAACACGAACGCUCUUCUCAAAUAGCGAACAUUAGUGGACAAAAUCAUUCUUCAGCUACACAAACAAAUACAUAUUCAAUAGAAUACGUAGUACUAAACGAUCCAUUGUUGGCAUAACUUGAAACAAGCUCUUGUUGUAUAUCAAACCUUAAACCACAUGUACAAUAUUUCAUGCGUAGAAACCGAAAGACACAUACCAUACAAACGCCAUAGAAGUUGUAGUACUACAUUUCCUAAAACAGAAAAAAAAACAAA